UCCCAUGGCGCGCCUCAUUUAAAGGAAACUCUUGAGUACGGGAGGAACACAGUUAUUUUGUGAUUGCAUUAAAAGAAAGAAAUAUGCAUGUUACACAGGUAUAUACGAUAAAUACAUCUAUUUAUUGUCUGGGUUUCUGUUCUUUGGAGACUUCAUAUGAAAUACGUCGUUUGUAAUUUAAGCACGUGUACAAAGGUAGAUUUUCAUUAGCUUUAUUGCAUGUUAAAAUCUUGUUCGGGCCACAAAAUUAUUUUUUGUUUAAAUGCAUUAGAAGUAAUCUAUUAGAUGGUUCCUUUUAGAAUCAAAAUCAGGUUGAUUGUUUCUUUGAAAUGAUUGUUUUCUUUGAAUGUUUGUCUAACAAUAUUUACUUAAAAAAGGAAGAAAAACCGCGCUGCCAGUGCAAUGAUAUUACUCAAAUAAAAGAUAAAUUUACAGGACAUGCCAUGACACGUUUGUUUUGACAUCUUGUUGUUUGGCGACUGUUCUUCAUACUGGAUUCCUUCACUCAAUUGGAGUACUUUUUACUGAUGUUAUGACAACAUUCAACAGUACACAUGCAGAAACGGCGGUAAUACAAUCAACAGCUAUUGGGAUGUCGCUUUGUUCGAGUAGGUAUAUUUACUGGAGCUUUAAUCAACAAAAUAGGCUUGAUGGUGACAGGAAUGCUCGGUAACCUUGUGGUUAGUUUAAGUUUGAUGGUGUGCUUCUUCGCAUCUUCCUUGACGUAUCUAAUUAUCGCCAUUGGUGUGUUUAGUGGUUUUGGAUUCUCCUGUGUAUAUAUCACAUCAGCUUCUGCCGUAAGCCAGCACUUCUCAGGCAGGAAAAGGUUACUAUAUUUGUCUGUACAAACGUCAGGGGCUGGAAUAGGGGGUAUGAUUUAUCCCUUUGUAAUAAGAUAUCUAAGUGAUUUGUAUGGGUUCAGAGGUUCAUUGCUUAUCACUGGAGCACUUGUAAUGAACACGGUCCCCGGAAGUAUCCUUUGGAAACAACACUGUAACACAAGCAAGAGUGAAGAACAUACAGUCGUAACAAAUAAAAUCGGUGAAUUUCAAACACGCUUUCAAGUGCAAACAGAAGACAAUGGUGAAAACAUUACGAUAGCUAAAUCAAAACAAACAUCAACAACAGAAGUUUCAGAUUCUUUGUAUGUUAGCCAGUAUCCAGUUCUACUGGGUGAAAUAAAAACCAAGACUGUUACCGUCGAAAGUAGUCUGGCCCGAUCUCCCAUUUCUAAAAACAGUAAAGGUGACCAAAAAUGGUUUGAAAUUAUCAAACAACUAUUGCUGACUAAAUGUUUAAUGUUUUUUGCAUUUGGAAUUGUCAUUUCUUUCCCAGCUCUAAAUUCAAUUCGUAUUUUUGUUGCUGAUAUAUACUUAGACAAUGGACUGACCAAUGAAGACGUGUCAUUGGGGCUGUUUUUGAUCAAUGUGAUGAGUACAUUAGGACGCUUGUUUCCGGGCAUAUCACUGCAGUCUAAACGCAUUACACCAUUAGUUUUGCCAUUACUUAAUGCCGUGAUGUCUGCCGUUCUAUUAUUUUCCUUUACUUUAGUCAAAUCGCACUGGUUGAUAAUCGUUUUAUCAGGUGCAGUUGGCAUACUUAUAGGAAUGAAUGUAUCUUUGUUUCAUUUAAUCACUCUGAAAUUUGUAGGCUCUAAAACACUACCGAUUGCUAUUGGAAUGUUCCGUACACUUGGUGGUAUUUGUGAAAUGGUUGCAGGACCAAUUAGUGGAUACAUCAGAGAUGUAACAGGCUCAUAUACAGCAAUAUUUUACACAUCAGCAGGGAUAAAUUUGUUUGCAGCAGUCCUUUUCCUUGUUGCACAUGUCACAAGAAGAAGAGAAAGACAGGAAUUAAAAAAGCGUACAUCAGUGUUCUAUCUGACUAGUUUUUAGACUUUCAAACCCUGUGUUUAAUUUGCAAACUUACUUUUACUACGAUAUUUGUUACACAUUUCAAAAACUGUUAAAAUAUGUAACCGGUAUGCUACAAUGUCUUUCAAAGGUAAGCUGAAUGCUGGCGGCCCGGAUUCGAUUCCCAGUCUAGCCUGUACUUUCCAUUCGUUUAAGAUACUGCUUGGCUUGCAUCAGUAUUUGCGUCGACUGGCGUCAUGGUAGAUAAAUCUGACAUAGACAGCGGGCUCGACUGGUAAUAAGUGACACCGACAAUCAGCGCUAAAUAAUAAACAAGAGGACUAUGAUGGUCCUGAAUCGCUCACCUCUUCCCACAUGACCCAUUUUUGAGUAUGACGUCGUUUUUUCUAUUAUUUGACAUAGUGACCUAGUUUUUGAGCUUAUGUGACCCAGUUUUGAACUUUACCUAGAUAUUAUGAAGAUAAAAAUUCUGACCAAUUUUCAUGAAGAUCCAUUAAAAAUAUGGUCUCUAGAGAGGUCACAAGGUUUUUCUAUUAAUUGACCUAUUGACCUAGUUUUCGAAGGCACAUGACUUAGUUUCGAACUUGACCUAGAUAUUAUCAAGAUGAACAUUCAGAUCAAUUUUCAUGAAGAUCCAUUGAAAAAUAUGGCCUCUAGAGAGGUCAAAAGAUUUUAAUAAUUUUAGACCUACUGACCUAGUUUUUGACCGCAGUUGACCCAGUUUCAAACUUGACCUAGAUAUCAUUAAGAUGAACAUUCAGACCAAUCUUCAAACAGAUCCCAUGAAAAGUAUGGCCUCUAGAGAGGUCACAAGGUUUUUUAUUAUUUGACCUACUGACCUAGUUUUUUAAGGCACGUGACCCAGUUUCAAACCUGACCUAGAUAUCAUCAAGUUGAACAUUCUG